CUGCUGCUGCUGCUGCUGCUGCUACGGCUGCCGCUGCCGCCUCUGCCUCCACUCUGCUCUGACCGGCAGGCAGAAAGUGCAACCGACGAGGGAAAGGUCUCUGCAGUGAGGACAGAGCGGCUACACAAGAGAGCACCGAGGAGGGGACAAAACCGAGAUCAGAAUGCAGGCGACGUCCAGCCUCCUCAAUCUGCUGCUGCUGUCUUUGCUGGCUGGAUUAGACCCUUCCAAGACUCAGAUCAGCCCCAAGGAGGGGUGGCAAGUGUACAGCUCGGCGCAGGACCCUGACGGGAGAUGCAUCUGCACGGUGGUAGCUCCGGAACAAAACCUGUGCUCCAGGGAUGCCAAGAGCAGGCAGCUGCGUCAGCUGCUGGAAAAGGUUCAGAACAUGUCCCAGUCCAUCGAGGUCCUGAAUUUGAGAACUCAGAGAGACUUCCAGUAUGUUCUGAAAAUGGAAACCCAAAUGAAAGGCCUGAAAGCCAAGUUUCGGCAGAUCGAAGACGACCGGAAGACGCUCCUGACCAAGCACUUCCAGGAGCUGAAGGAGAAGAUGGACGAGAUUCUGCCCCUGAUCCCAGUGCUGGAGCAGUACAAGACCGACGCCAGGCUGGUCACCCAGUUCAAGGAGGAGAUACGGAACCUGUCCGCGGUCCUCACCGGGAUCCAGGAGGAGAUUGGCGCCUAUGACUACGAGGAGCUGCACCAGCGGGUGCUCAGCCUGGAGACCAGACUCCGCGACUGCAUGAAGAAGCUCACAUGCGGCAAGCUGAUGAAGAUCACAGGCCCCAUCACAGUCAAGACGUCUGGAACCCGAUUUGGUGCUUGGAUGACAGAUCCGUUAGCGUCUGAAAACAAUAACAGAGUCUGGUACAUGGAUAGCUACACUAACAACAAAGUUGUACGUGAGUACAAGUCCAUCGCAGACUUCGUCAGUGGGGCUGAGUCCAGGACAUACAACCUCCCUUUCAAGUGGGCGGGAACUAACCACGUGGUCUACAAUGGCUCGCUCUACUUCAACAAGUACCAGAGCAACAUCAUCAUCAAGUACAGCUUCGACGUAGGGAGAGUGCUGGCCCAGCGCAGCCUGGAGUACGCCGGCUUCCACAACGUCUACCCGUACACCUGGGGUGGCUUCUCCGACAUCGACUUAAUGGCUGACGAGAUCGGACUGUGGGCCGUGUAUGCAACGAACCAGAACGCAGGCAACAUCGUCAUCAGCCAGCUGAACCAGGACACUCUGGAGGUGACGAAGAGCUGGAGCACGGGCUACCCCAAGAGAAGCGCGGGGGAGUCCUUCAUGAUCUGCGGGACUCUGUAUGUCACCAACUCCCACCUAACAGGCGCCAAGGUGUACUACUCCUAUUCCACUAAAACCUCCACUUACGAGUACACCGAUAUUCCCUUCCACAACCAAUACUUCCACAUAUCCAUGCUCGACUACAAUGCGAGAGAUAGAGCUCUGUACGCCUGGAACAACGGCCACCAGGUCCUUUUCAAUGUCACCCUUUUCCACAUCAUUAAGACCGAGGAUGACACAUAGGCCCAAAUGGGGUAUGUUUAUUUAUUCAAACACUACCAUUUGUGAUGAAAUCUAUAGGACCCCCUCUUUGUGGUUCUUCAUUCUUGUAGCUUUUCAUCAUCUCUCCAAAGCAAAGCAUUUUUAAAUGUGAAUUCCGUGUUUUAAAAAACAGCUGAGUCUAAGUUAAUGUGUGAGAAACACAUCGCAACUCCUAGAAAUACCAGAGCUAUCAUGUCCAUGUCAUGAAAUGCUAAGAAGAGUUUCAGUGGCUAAAGUCAUAGCUUUGCAAGUGAUUAAUGACCUGCCUUACCUUAGAGUCAGACACUAAUGGUGGCUUAAACACAUGAAUGUCUUUUUGUUUUUAAAUUCUGUCAUUUUUUACUGUCUUUUGCUCCACAUCAGGAAAUAUUUGGGUAGGAAUUUGAAUUUAGGAAGAGAAGCACUUUCUUCCCAUUUAUUUCUAAAAAAAUAUUUAGUGAUUUUAUUUGUAUGGAAAAAUACUAUCGAUCAUUUUGCUGUUAACACGAUUCUCUGAUGCGGUGCUGUAUAGCCAUUUUUAAAUCUCUUGCUAACAUUUUAUUGCAGUAUGUAUUUUUACCAUUGUAACCACCAUUGUGCAAUUGUAUUUCUUCACUUCUGUGAAAGUAAUAUUUUUUAUAAAAUACACUGAAACUUAAUCUCAGUAAUUGCUUGAAUCAAUUUUCAAGUAUUGCCAAGAAUGGUCUUCUUGGCUUAUUCCUUUCCAUGAGUAUUGUAAACUAAAAAGAAAAUCAAACUAGGUAUCUUACAUUGAGCCUUUAUUUUCUGCCAAGCUUAUUUGAAUACUGAUAUUGGCCGGAAAAGCCAAUUCAGUAUAGCCAAGUUCUCUGUUCAUCGAAAGCAACUCACUUAAGUUGCCUGAAAAAUACAGCUGACUACAAAAGUUGCGUUUGCAAUGACCCUGCUCACCUAUUACAGACAGUAUCCUCAUUCCUCAUGUGAAAUACCUUAGUAUUUUAACUCAUUUUACGUGCAAGUUACAAUCAUGUAGCUCCUUGUAUUGUAACUCUAACGGGUCCAUAAGCACAUUAAGAUUCUUAACAAUGGAAAGUUCUAUAAUAUCCUCUAGAUACAGGUCUUGUGUUCUAGAGAGUUAUUGGCAACACUUGUACAAAACAAAUUAGAGUCUUGGGAACUGUCGGUUUGGCUUUAAAUGUGAAAGUAACCAAUUCAGAAAUGAGACAGGAAGGCAAGUCCUUUCUACCCUGAUUCACUAUAUAACAGAAACAACAGAACUAAAAAGGAAAGCUUUAAUAAUAUACAGGUCAUUAUUCCACAACAUAUCAAACUUGCCCUUUAGUUUGGAUACACUUUCUAUAUACCUUUAAGAUUUCCCUAAGGCAGCUCUAAGGAAACUAACAGAAAAUAAUUUUAAAUUUUAAAAAUAUAGCAUUUAAUAAGUAGUAUGUAACUUAAAUUGUAAAUGUUUAGUUCCAUACAUAUAGAAUAUCAAACUUUUCUUUAAAAAAUAAGGCUAUAAUUCAAAUAAAUCGUUGUAUGAAGAAAUGCUAAUACUUAAGGGUAAUUCAUUCUAAAUGUAACAGAUACAAUGUCAUUCUCAAAUAUUUCAUUGUCGGGCCGGGAAGACAGCUCAGUAGAAUAAGCACCUGCCUGGCAAGUGCAGGGAUUUGAGUUCAGUCCUCAGUACUGAAAAAGAAAAUUCAUCAUCAAAGUUGGAGGUGUACAUACCCCAGUCUUGAAAGUGUUAGAGAUUAAUAAAGAUUUGUGGAGAUUUUUUCUACAAAAAAAAAAAAAAUUGUGCAUGAUUUGAUAACCGCCCUGGAUGCUUUUGCAACAUUGUUUUCUCCUUCGAAACAUUUGUACAAGUUCCUGACUGCUAUAGAGAGUUGGAAAGUUUAAGGCAUUAUGUCGUAGUACACACGCCACAAAAAUAAUCCGUCAAUGAUUUAUAGGUAAGUUUGUGUGAGAAUAGAAAGUACCAUUAAUUUCAGAAAUAAAUGGAAUUUUUAGAUAGCUGGCAUCUAUUAGAUAGCUCGUGCUUACUUGUUUUAUAAAAAGACGUUACAUAGUGUCAUGUCAUUCCAAACACGGAUGUCGCCGGCUCAUCUGUGAGGUGAGCAGCUUGCAAAGCGCCCCCUUUCGUCUGUGUCAGGUCAUAGCACCAUCUGCGACUUCCUGCGCGUGCGCUGCUGAGCAAGCUCGGGAUUUAUUGUCACUAGAAGUGGGAGUAACAUCAGUUUAAGAAACGUGACUUAUAUGAAACAUGUACAGCUUAAGGGUAUUUUUCUUAAUGAAUUAUUUUUAGUUCUGUGCCUACAAUAACUACAAACUUACUUUCAUCACCGCUUUUUUAGACGUCCAACAAAUAAAAUAAAUUUUAUGAGAGAAGUGAGUAUUUUUUAAUCAUCUGUAUAAUCCUCCUCAGAAAAUAAGUCCUAGU